AAGCCAAGAAAUUGCGUGUGAAAAAUUUAUAAGUCAGAAUGUUUAGAAUUAUUGGGUGGAAUAUUGGCGAAACACGCCAUGCACAUCACAGUUAGGCAUCGUCAUUUAUUUAGGAGGUGUUUUUCUCCCCCUAAAACCAGUUCUACACUCGAUUGAACAAGAGUUUCACAUGCUUUUAACUUGUUUUUUACGGCCAAGUGACUCAAAAACUGCGCAAACUCAUUGUUUCCAUGGCACGGUAGAAUAUAUUCUAUAGGCACAGACUGUAUAGUCACAACAGAUGUGACGGUGACAAAUCUGACGUGUGUAGUGUUUUGUUUACAAACUCAUCUUCAUUGAUGACGUUUUUGAGAAUAAAUUCACGGUGUGUCAUUAUAUCUAAUCAACGUGGACAUAAGUUUUUUUUUUUCAAAUUUAUCCGUUACAUAUCGUCGAACGUUGCUUUUGUGAACGAAAGGAUUUUCAUUUGUUUGGAAGGGUGUGACCUUAUUGAAAAACUUUGACAAUAAAGGAAAAAAAUAUUUAAAAAGAUGAACGAAAUAUUUGAACCGUUCUUGUUAAAUUCGACACCAACAUCCCAAUUGGAGCUGACAAUAAGCUGCCGAAAUUUAAUCAAUACGGAUCUUCUAUCAAAAAGUGACCCUUUUUGCAUUGUGUCGAUAAAGGAGUCUUGGCAAGAUCAAUAUUAUGAAAUUGCGCGCACGGAGAUGAUCAGAGAUUCCCUCCAUCCACAAUGGGUGAAAAAGGCAAUUGUAAACUAUAGUUUUGAAGCAAUUCAACGAAUCCGAUUCGAAAUACGCGAUGAAGAUGUUACGGUGUCCGAUUUUCUGGGUGAAUACGAAACGACGCUCAGUGAUUUAGUUUCAUACAGUGGACGGCAAUACAUUCGAAAAUUGCAUGGAGUGGAAGAAAACGGUAAGGAAUCCGCACGCCCAACGGGUUACGGUCAAAUUGUAAUCGUCACAGAAGAGUUGUCUUCUUGCAAGCAAAUAGCUGAGAUACAAUUUCGCGCCACUGAUUUACCAAAACAAUUACCAUUACUCAGGAACGAUCCAUUUUUGGUCAUUUCACGCUCGAAUAAUGAAGACGGUUCGUAUUCGGUCGUUGCAAAAACUGAUCCAGUGCGCUCGACACAAAAUCCAUUGUUCAAACCAAUUUCCAUCCGUAUACAAACUCUGUGCAAUUCCGAUUAUGAAAGAGAUAUUCGAAUUGAAUGCUACGACUACCGAAGCAAUGGAAGUCAUGUACUCAUUGGAGCAUGCUAUACGUCGCUUAGGAGUUUAAAUACACCGAACGAACCACCGAUGACUCUGCUGAAUGAACAAAAGCUCAAAGUUCAAGCCACGAAAUGUACUGUUGGAGAGUUGAGCGUUGUAAAAUGUCACAUUGACGAGGAAAUUACGUUUUUGGAUUAUAUUCGAAAUGGAACACAAUUGCAUUUUGCCGUUGCCAUCGAUUUUACCGGAUCGAAUGGUGUCCACAUCGAUCCAAAUUCAUUGCACUAUCUCUGCGACGAACGAUUGAAUAGCUAUGAAAUUGCUAUAUCCGCUGUCGGCGAAAUCAUUCUACAUUAUGAUAAAUCAAAGAAACUGUUGGCUUAUGGUUUUGGAGCCAAAACACCCCCCAAAUUUCGCCAGGUGUCACAUCUAUUUCCUUUAAAUGGUAAUCCUUCGGAUCCAUAUUGCUCUGGCGUCGACGAAAUCUUGACUCAUUACCGCAACCAAUUGAAUACGGUGCAGCCGUCUGGGCCAACAUACUUUGCUCCAGUAAUAAAAAAUUUGAUUUCCAUUGCAAAAGACUCUCAAGAUGGAAGGCAUUACUAUGUGCUAUUGAUAAUCACAGACGGAUUGAUUGCGGACAUUCAACGAACAAAAAUUGCUGUUGUAAAGGCAUCGGUUCUACCCAUUUCAAUAAUCAUCGUUGGUGUUGGCAAUGCGGAUUUUAAACAGAUGCACAAGCUCGACUCAGAUCAUGUGCGUCUGAGUGUAAGUGGACGUAAGGCUGAACGAGACAUCGUACAAUUUGUUCCACUUCACAAAUAUCUUUCGAAGAAUGGCUCGGAACAACAAGUAAAAUCAAAAUCACAUCUAGCGAACGAAGUCCUGUGCGAAAUACCUGAACAGCUAACGAGUUUUAUGAAAUCACGCGGAUUCAAGCCACAAAUGAGAACGAUGCAAAAUACACCGUCAAGCUCGUUAGCCGUUACACCAACACCCAUUUGA